GCUCUUAUCCGAGAAGUAAAUAAAAAAUUAAAUACAAAUUUAAAAUUGAAUUUAUCUCCUUUACACUAUCGGCAAUUUAGUCGUUCUCGGACAUAACAUUUAAACUAGUUUCAACUUUCAUUACAGAUCGACUUUGAAACUUGACGUCUACGAGAUUCGCCACUUGGAGACACUUAUUAUUUUAUAACUAUAAACGAUUAAUAUCCAUUACGAUGUCCGAUGCUCACGCCACUCCGAUUGCCUGGCAAUACGUUUGUUGUUCUCUGCCAAUCCUAAUACCGAUGUCAGUUUACGUGCUUAAGAAGUGUUUCAAUAACAGAUAUCGUACUCUCAACUCAAAGGUUGUACUUAUUACAGGUGCCAGUUCUGGAUUGGGUGAGACAUUAGCCCAUGAAUUUUAUUCUCAUGGCUGUGCAUUAAUUUUAACGGGACGUAGCAGCAAUGAAUUAGAACGAGUCAAAAAUGAUUUAUUAAGCCGAAGUGAUAUUAAGAAUGUUAACAAACCAUGUAUUCUCGUCUUGGAUCUCAUUGACCAAUCAACAAUAGAAGUAGUUAGUCAAAAAGUUUUAGGAGUUUUUGGCCGUGUAGAUAUUCUCAUCAACAAUGCUGGCAUCAGCUAUAGGGGUAGAGCUGAAGCAACAAUGGCUGAAGUCGAUUAUAAAGUAAUGUUGGUCAACUAUUUUGGCCAAGUUGCUUUAACUAAAGCCAUAUUGCCUAGUAUGAUUCACCACAAAAGUGGACAUAUAAUAGCAAUUAGUAGUGUUCAAGGAAAAAUUGCUGUUCCAUUUAGAUCGGCAUAUACUGCAUCUAAACAUGCUUUACAAGCAUUCUUUGAUACUCUCAGAGCUGAAAUAUCACAUCAUAAGGUAAAAGUAACCGUUGUAAGUCCUGGGUACAUCCAAACAAAUUUGUCGUUGAAUGCAUUAACUGGAUCUGGAUCAAAAUAUGGUGUUAUGGAUGAAUCUACAAUGUCUGGAUACUCGGCUGAAUAUGUUGCUCAACGAAUAGUAGAUGCUGUUGUUAACGAUGAACAAGAGGUCAUCAUUGCUCCAUUUUAUGCUCGUUUAGCUAUCGGCCUGCGUUAUGUAUGGCCACGAUUUUAUUUUUGGAUAAUGAAAUGUAGGGCUGACCGUCAAGCUAGUCAGAAAAUGUAGGAUUCAAGGAUUCCCCGCCAUCAGACGGACGAGCGUCGGCUACAGCCCGUUAUCGUCGGCAUACGGGAAUCUCACAUUUGACAAACAGCCAGGUCAGUCAACUAGAUAUCUAGGAAUUAGCUGUUAAUUAUUAUUUUUUGAGUACUUAUAAUUUUGUAUUUUUGAAUAUAAAUACAUAGUUGUUAGUGAUGCACAGUUUUACAUAAAUUAUUAAUUUAAUUUGUAUAUCUUACAUUUGUACAAUGUUUACUUAUUAAAGACAAAAUGCCAUAAUUGAAUUAUUUAGAUAAGUAUAAUUGUACUAAACUGCCCUAAAAGAAACAAAUUAAUACCAUAAUUUGUAAAUUAUUUAGUUAGAUCAAUAUUGAUGUAACAAGUGAAAUAAAUCUGAUUCUAUUUCAAGUUAUCAGAAUACUAGAAAGUUGGUAUCAAUUCCGGUGUUAAUUUAAAGUGAAGCUUGUAAUAAUAAAAAUAAACUAAACUAUGAUAAUUAUUUUUUAUGCUAUAAGCAUAUGUGUGGAUGUGUAGCAUACAUAUAUAUGUUUCAUAAUAAUUCAUCAUUAAAAGGAAAACUAAAUAUUAUGAAUGAACGUCAAUUGUCAUUAAUUAAAAAUUAUAUGUCAAUAUUUGAAUAAAAAAAUGUACAAAAUGAAUUUCUAUUGAAUAUAAAUUCAUUGUAGUUUAUUUAUAGUGCACAAUUAAAUGUAAAAUUAUAAUUAAUUUUAAAGUACAAUUGAGUUAAAUUCCUUAUUAUAUUUCUUUAUCAAUUUUUAAUCAAACUAUUUUAAUUAGGUAUUUAUUUAAUAAUAAAUAAAUGUACCCAGUUUUCUAUCAAAAUCAUUGUUUACAUUAUCAUAAGUUAUAACUCAUAACAUUUCAUUAUAUGAUUUACCUAUUGAUAAUUUAUAAAUAAAAUAUUAAUAUGGAAAUUCUUUAUUAAUAUUGAUUAUUAUUUAAAAUAUUUUGUUUUUGAUUUAGGAGUUUUGAAGUACUUUUAUUCAAUCCUGUAUACAAUUAAUAUUAGUAUUUAUUGCAUUACUGUUGAUGAUUGAAGAUAGUAAAAAUAAUUUUAUCUGUAACAAAUUGUUAGAUAUGUUUUAGUAUUUUCACAAACUAAUUAUUAAAGCUUGAAAAAUAAAUGAUAAAAAUGAGCUUUUAAUUUUAAAUUAAGAUAGGGUUAACACCAUUGGUCUUUUAAAUAUUAAAUUUACUGUGCAUCACUAACAAAGAUAGAUAAUUGAUAACUCAGAGUCAGUGGUGACGUGAAAUAGCUUUUCAUGAAGUAUCGGCUGUGUAAAAAAAAGGAUAAAUGGGUAUAGCCAUUGAAGGGAAUACCACAUUUCUGUGGGUAGAUGAUGGUUGGCUGUAUUGGCUGUAUUUAGAAUUAUGAUAAUGUCUCAUUAACAUGUUUUGUCUUCAUCUUAAAAGUGCAAACCACAGUAAAUUUAUGUUUAUUUAACUUUGUUUGUUUUAAUAUCAUACUAAAUGUAUUGCUUAAAAUAUCUAAAAAAAUCAUUUUAAUAGACUACAGAAAUCUCUAAGUUACAUAACAUGUAGACUCAUUCCAUUUUAGUACUAAAACUAAUAAAACUAAAUGAGAAUGUGCUGUUAUAUACUUGUAAAACUGAAACAACACAUACUGAUGAGAUGUUUCCUAAGUCGAAAGAAAAUGUACAUACAUUUGUAUUGUAGACUUAAAAUAUAGGAAUUAGUAACCUUUUAUUAAUCAAAAAAUUUAAAUUAUACAUGCUUCAUAGAUAAAUAAAGUUCAUGUCACUACUGCUCACGAUCACUGCUACCAUUAGUGUAAUACAAAGUUUUUUACUAUUAUAUUAUUAUUAUUAUUGUAUAUUCCUUAAACACUACUACAUCUUAGGUUUACAUAAAUUUAAAUUUUAAACAUUGUUUUAGGUUUAGAGUUUAUUAAUUACCACCAAUUUUUUCACACAAAAUGUAUUGCAAAUGAUAAGUUUAACAAUAUUAUAAUUUAAAUGAUCUCCUUUUUUUCAUAAAAUAAUUUUUUUAUUGUUGAUACAUUUUUGUUGCUUUAAAUGGUGCUUGUUUGUUACACGUUUUGUGUUCCUUUUUAUUACAUUUUUUGACAAUAUUUAUAUAAACUUUUACCACAUUUUUGUUUUUUAUAAAAUUAAUCACUAAUAAUUAACAUAUAAAUUUGAAUGACAACAGCGUAUCGACAAUUACAUUUUAGAAAUCUCAUAUAGCUCAUACAUAUAUUAUAAGUAGUUCUUCUGAUUUCUGUCAAUUAUUUAUGUAUACUUAAUAGUGAGUUGUUGAUAUAGUUAAACCUUAUGUACUGUUAAAUAUUUUUAGUUAUUUUUAGAAUAAUGUUUCUUUAGUCAGUUAAUAUUAGAUUAUAAAUUUAAAUGAUUAAGAAACUAUACCAUUGUAGACGAUCACUCAAUGUGUGCAAAUAUUUAUGAGGAUAAAUUUAGAUGUUUAUUGUUGUUUUUUUUUUUAAUUAUUUGUAGCCUUCAUAAAUGUAGAUAUAUUAUAAUGGUAAACAAAUUAUUAAAACCUACAAAGAAAAUUAGUGUACAUUCUCAUGUAAUUGUUACGCUUAACAUAUCUUACAAAUUCUUGUCUAGUUUUAAUGUUUUUAAAAAAAUAUUAAUUGACAAACAAUUCUCUGAUAGAAUGAAACAAAUUAUAUAUGUGUAUAAAUGUAGAUUAUUUUAUUGUUUUACUAUUGUCCAUGUUGCUUAUUUUGAAAAUAUCAAGCACAUAUACAUGUAACUUUAAAACGUCCAUUGUUCUUAACAUCAAACAUUCGUUGUUAUAGAAAAAGUUUGUUUUAAUGAAAGCUACACAAACACUAAAUUUAAUUAAUUAUAGAAUGCAAUUUAUUAUGAUAUACAAUUUUUAAUUGUUUUGUUUUCUAAACAUUAUAAUCUUAUAACAAUAAAUCACAUACAAUAUUUUAUGCAGAUUGUAAAAUGUUGAGAAAUUUAUUUUGUGAUAUUUUUCAGUCUAUUCAUAAUUGGUUAAAUAAGUCUGUAAAAAAAAAAAAACAAACAAACAACAGACAAUGAAAUUCAUAAUUUUGAUCAAUUAUAGGUAUACACUAUACAAUAAAAUAUAGCAACAUAAUAUUGUGAAUCUACUUCCACAAAGGAGUAAUAUUUAAGUAUAUAAGUAUAUAGUAUGUUAUAUUCAUAAAAAUAACCUAACCCUAAUAGAUUAUUUUAAAAUAUUAUGUUCUGUUUAAACUUUGGCAUGCUACGUUCACCCUAAACCAUAGAACGAUUAUAGGUAGUUUUUAGAUAUUAGUUGAACCUUUAGAACAACCUUUUAUUAGAUCGAAAUUGAAAUUUAUUUGUUGCCUUUAAAAUGAAACCUAAUUUUCU